GAUGCUCCGGGCGAUGCUGAAAACGGCAUAUCAGAUGGCAUUCGUGAUUCUUUUGCUUGAUUUUGCAGUUUUAGCGGAAUCAUCUCCUCAGAGUCUGGCUUGGCCAGGAUGUCCGGACACAUGUGGCAAUCUCACUGGCAUUCCGUAUCCUUUCGGAAUUGGGCCUGGCUGCUUCUUGGGUCCCCAGUUCGAGAUCGAUUGCCAACGAGCCUAUGGCAUCUCUACUCCGGUACUUAAGAAUUUGAGUGUGGUGGUUUUAGAUAUCUCGCUACCGGGUAGUUUAGACUCUCCAGGCCUCAUUAAGGUCACCCAGCCCAUAUUGUUCUCCCAUCUCAAUUGUUCGGCCAACCAGCAAAACGACGCCCCGGUGGAUUUAAGGGCCAGUAACGGCAGAUUCAGGUACUCCCAGAUUCAUAACUAUUUUGUCGCCGGAGGUUGUGAGAGUCUGACCAUGAUGGCCAGCACGGACACCCCCAGAGCGGUAGUGGGAUGCAAGUCUUCCUGCGGCGGAAAUGGGACUCUUGGAUUCGAUCAGUGCUCUAGUGGUACCGGUUGCUGUAUGACUUCUAUCCCUGAUGUUAUCAGCAAAUAUAACGUGGAGUUCAAGACUCUUAAUGGCGAAACCACAGCGCCAGAGGAUGUAGAAUGCAGGUAUGCCUUCUUGGUUGCGAAAACAUGGUGGCAUCAAACUGAUUUGAACAGUUUACCGCCGGACGUUCCAGUGAUACUCGAAUGGGCGAUCACCUCCUAUGAGUAUACCCUUCUGACCAAACAAAAAAAUGGGCGAGGCAAUGACAGUUCCGCCACCUGCCGUGCAUCCUCGGCGCCUGGGGUGCGUAGUCUAAUAUAUUGUUCUUGCAAUCAAGGCUACAGAGGGAAUUAUUUUCUUUCCCAGGGAUGCCAAGAUAUCAACGAGUGCAAAGAAUAUCCAAACCUCAACUGCCGAGGGAAGUGCGUGAAUCGAUCGGGGUCAUAUGACUGCGUAGACAAUAAGGUCAUCAUCAUUAUAGGUGUGGGCACAGGCGUUGGAGCCAUAUUAUUACUUUUGUUUUUUUGGAGGUUGUUCAAAUUCUUGAAAAGAAGGUGUGAGGCAAAUACCAAGUUAAAAUUCUUCAAACUUAAUGGCGGACUUCUAGUGCAAAAACACCUAUCUUCCAUUGAAGACAAUCGUGUGGAGAAAGGUAAGUUGUUCACCUUAGCGGAGUUAGAUACGGCUACGGACCAUUUUAACGAGAGUCGCAUAUUGGGUCGGGGUGGUCAAGGGACUGUUUACAAGGGAAUGUUGUUAGAUGGAACGAUCGUUGCAGUUAAGAAAUCCGAAGUUGUUGAUGCUCGACAAGCCGAACAAUUUGUCAAUGAGGUUGUUAUUCUCUCCAAAAUCAAUCAUAGAAAUGUGGUCAAGCUGUUAGGAUUCUGUUUGGAGAGUGAAGUCCCUCUUCUUGUAUAUGAAUUUGUCCCCAGUGGAACUCUCUACCAAUAUCUUCAUAAUCCGGAAAGGGAAUUUCCCGUCUCGUGGGAAACACGGUUAAGAAUUGCUAGUGAAGUUGCUGCGGCUCUUUCGUAUUUGCACUUUGCUGUAACCAUACCAAUUUAUCAUCGCGAUAUUAAGUCAUCAAAUAUACUCUUGGACGAAAAAUUUCAAGCCAAAGUGGCAGAUUUUGGAACUUCCAAAUCAAUUGCCAUUGACCACACACACUUAACCACGAUGGUGCGAGGAACCUUUGGAUACUUGGACCCGGAGUACUACAAAACCAGUCAAUUUACGGACAAGAGCGAUGUCUACAGUUUUGGGGUUGUCCUUGUUGAGCUACUAACAGGAGAAAAGGCAAUUUCUCAAUCAAGGGCGGAAGAGAGCAGAAAUCUAUCCAUGUACUUUGUCAUUUCGAUGGAGGAGAAGCGUUUGUUCGAUGUUCUUGAUAAGGAGGUAUUAGACCAUGGUGAUAAAGAAGAAAUCAUUGCGGUGUCUAAUUUGGCGAAAAGAUGCUUAAACCCUAAUGGAAGGUACAGGCCUACAAUGAAGGAAGUGGCCAUGGAAUUGGAGCGUGUACGAUCACUACGAAAUCCUGUGAUGGUUCGGCAAGAUGAGGAAGAGAUGGAUCCCAUUAGGACUGGAUCUAUCGGUGGUACGGUCUCCGCAAUGAUGCGAUCAGAAGCCGAUGUAGGGCUGACUUCGUGGUUAUCUGAUUUGCCGAGAUGAAGAUGCAUCUAAUUGUUUUCGUCCAAUUUUCUAUUGAUAUGAAACCUGGCAGUCUCUCUAUUUGCUCCCAUGCGUGAGUUAUGGAAUGGUGUCGAUUAUACUAAAAAGUGCGGCACAGAAAUGAUAUGCUAAAUUCACGCACCCUUUCAUAUACUCUUCUUGAUUUCUUGUUAUUAUGCAUCAGCUUUUCACUGGGUUGUACUACUGUGAAUGUCUCAUAAGUUUUAGCCGGCUGCUGGUUUUUUGUUGCACGUACCUGAGAUGUAAAGAGACUUUUGGAUUUUCAAUCUUUCUAGUUUUACAAUAUGUAAGUUGUACCUGUCGGGGUGCAUUUGAA